AUGGCUGCCCAAAGCAAGAUCAAUGUCCAACCCCUCCAUCCAACCUUCGCUGCCGAGGUCUCCGGAAUCGACUUCAGCAAGCCAGUACCCCCGGAGGUGAUCUCCCAAGUUCAGGAUGCUAUCGACAAGUACGGUGUGCUUGUCUUUCGCAACGCAAAUCUAGACGACGAUGCCCACGUGGCAUUCGCACAGUCAUUCGGGGAGCUCGAGCCCACCCCAGCUUCCAGCCUGGGCGUCAAAACCCGUCUUCCCAGUCCGUAUAUCGGGGACCUCUCCAACCUCGACCACGGUAACAAUUUGAAGUUGUUCGAGGAUAAGAUGUCUCGUCUCUUCGCCAAGGGGAACGAGCUAUGGCACGCCGACAUGCAAUACCAUCCCCGACGAUGCAAAUACUCGACCUUGCGCGCCGUGAAGCUCCCUCCCAAGGGAACCGGCGGUGAAACGCUCUACGCCGACUCCCGAGCAGCCUACGACGAUCUCAGCCCGGAAAUGAAGGACAAGAUUGAGAAUCUCGUCGCUUAUUGCUCCCUUCUUCACAAUCGACGAGUGGCGGCUCCGGAGCUGUACAAGGGCGUCGACGUCUGGGACUGGCCUAACGCCAAGUACAAGCUGGUAUACCCCCACGAGGGAACAGGACGGAAGAAUCUCUACGUCACUAGUUAUAUGCACAAGAUAGAGGGUAUGUCACAGGAGGAGAGCGACAAGUUGCUUGACGAAUUGAGAGCACAUGCGACCCAAGAAAAGUAUGUGCACACAGUGUUUUGGGAAAACGAUGGCGAUAUGGUCAUGUGGGAUAACACCGCAGUGCUGCACCGGGCAACCGAUGGCUCGGGGUACAUUGGGAAAUACGUUCGAGAUGUCCGUCGCACCAGCUGCUUCGACAGUGGAAAGUAUGCGUGGGGCGAGAAUGAUCCCAACAACCCCUGGAUCAUCAAGCUGCCCAAGGACCCCCUCGGGGCUUCAGUGGCGUGA